AUGACUCAUGGAUCCAGGCCGUCCAAUAACGUGGAGACCGAUGCUGAUGUUAAUGAAGGUCGGACUGAAAAAUCACAAGAACUUGAGAAAACCAAGGUUUCAGAACUUGAAGCACCUCAGUCUGUUUCUACAAAGCGCCCCAAUGCGAAGUCUGAUGGCGAUUCUCACCGUAGUAAGCAGCCUAAAUUGACGGCACAAGAUGUUCAAGUGGCUCGGGAAACGGCCGAGUUAUUCAAGUCCAAUAUCUUCAAACUGGAAAUAGACGAGCUUGUCCACGUUUUGAAGCUAAAGGACUCUCAUUGUAAACUCAUGGAAAAAGUGCUACAUAGAUUAUACGACAUGAUUCAAGAAAUUCCUGCCUCAGAUGAAUUAUCUCUUGAAGAUGCAAACGUUUACUUCAAGCAAAGUGCUACCAAAGUAUCCAUACCGUUUCCGGACCCCAAGCCUACCUCCUUAAACUACAAGUUCAAAUACGAAACUCCAGAGGACAUCUCAUUGGUUGGCUCCUUUGGUCUUAAGACAGGUAUCCAGCAACCUAGUGGAAUGUCUAUUGAUGUUGCUCUUACUAUGCCGCAUGAGCUUUUGCAGCCCAAGGAUUAUAUGAAUUAUAGAGCUUUAUACAAACGUGCUUUCUAUCUAGCAUAUGUGGCUGAACAUUUGGCCGCACUAUCAGAAGAGAAGCAUCUUCCAAUUAAGCUAUCAUAUGAGUAUGCCGAUGGUGAUGUUCUAUGUCCUGUCAUCAAAGUUCAGAGCAGUCCUUCGGACUCUCCUACCGAUAAGGAUGUAGUUUUUGAUCAUACUGGAUUUUCUAUUAAGCUAUAUGUGGGCUUCCCCCUGGGUAUCUUUGAGGCCAAAAAGCUUCUUCCUGAUCGUAACUGUAUCAGAGUUAAAGCUGAGGAAGUUGACGUUAAGGAUCUACCUCCUACCCCUCUCUACAAUUCGUCAAUCCUUUCGUCUGGAAGUUAUACAUGCUUUUUGAAGUACCUUUAUACGGCUAAGAAGACUGCCGAAUCCUUCAGAGAUGCCUGUGUGUUGGGAAAACUUUGGCUUAAACAGAGAGGGUUCAGUUCGGAUAUUAACGAGGGUGGUUUUGGACAUUUCGAGUUUGUCACACUCAUGGCAGCGCUUCUCGAGGGUGGUGGAGAAAGCGGUAAUCGUAUUCUCUUACAUGGCUUUUCCAGCUAUCAAAUGUUCAAGGCUACCAUUCGAUAUUUGUCUAUUCAAGAUCUCUGCUCCCACGGUCACCUUUCGUUUUCUUCUCUCCUUAGCGAGCAUCGUUCCGUAUACAAGGCUAAUGGUUUCGAUGUUCCCACGAUCUUUGAUAAAAAUACCAAACUGAACAUUCUUUGGAAAAUGACUCCUUCUUCGUAUAAUAUGCUAAGACUUUAUGCAAAUUCUACCCUGGAAUUACUCAAUGAUGUGGUUCGAGAUCGUUUCCCACAGACAUUUAUUACAAAGGCUAAUAAUAAGGUGUUAAAGUAUGACAUUUUCAUUCAGAUCCCCCUAUCUGAAAUCAAUCAAGAGGAUAGUUUCGGCCCCUUAGAGAAGAUUUCGUUUAUUACUUUUGAGACGUUUGUCUGUUCUAAAAUUUUCAAGAUACUUUCUGGGGCUUUGCGGAAUAGAGUCACUCAGAUUAGUGUAAGUGUGUCUUCAACGUCAAGCCUAUGGCCUAUUGCUCAUCGGAAGCCUCUACUUGUUAGAAAUCAAAAAGAAAAAUAUAUAGAUAUAGGUUUAUCUCUCGAUCCUGCCGAGUCGGAGAAGAAAGUCACUAAGGGUCCACUGCAUUCCCAAAAAGCAGAAGGAGAGAAAUUCUCAUCAUUUUGGGGGAGCAGAGCUCAGGUUAGAAGAUACAAGGAUGGCAGUAUUCAAUACAGUUGUCUUUGGACCGCUUCUUCAGAAUCUCCAACUGUCACUAUAGUCAAGUAUAUUUUGGAUUUGCACCUUACUGAGGGUAUAUCCUCAAAUAUGAUUGUUAAUUCAUCCAACUUCAAUCUUCUUCUACCUAGAUCGCUUACUCUCUCGACAGCGAACUCGCAUCCACUUGUUAUGCCAUCUCAUUUCCAACAGCUUCGCUCUUCUUACGAUGAUCUAUGCAAGAUAGUCUACCACAUGACCAACCUUCCUUUGACAGUGAAGUCAAUCUUGCCGGCCUCGUCCGCUCUACGUGGAAUGUCUUUAUUAUUGCCAGUUCCCUUUGCAAUUGCCAACCCUGACUUUUUCAAUGAAUCCAUUGUUCAGUUUGAGACUUCUACCCGUUGGCCAGAUGAGAUUAUGGCAUUGGAAAGAACCAAGACGGCGUUUUUGCUAAAGAUCAAUGAAUCAAUUAAUAAGCACAAAGGAUACUCCUCAUUUUUGUCCACGGAUAAUGAAAUUCCUUACUUAAAAGAUGUGGUCACUUCUCUUGAGGUUCUUACUCCUGAAGGCUAUGGAUUCAAGUUCCGUAUUCUCACGGAAAGAGACGAGACGUUGUAUUUGAGAUCGAUUGAAAAUGCGGAUACCAGGCAGAAGCAGGCAGUGACAGACUGCUACUUUUACUUUAUGAGGAAGUACAUUGGAUGUGUUAAGCACCACAGGGCAUUUAGCAGCUUGGUAACGAGAUAUCCAUUUUUUGGUCCAACGGUGCGAUUGUUCAAGCAGUGGCUUGAAUCACAGCUUCUAUAUCCUCAUUUUUCUGAGGAGUUGAUCGAAUUGAUAGCUGUUAAAUGCUUUAUAGACCCUGCACCUUAUUCCAUCCCAGGAAGUGUUGGUACAGGAUUUUUACGAAUCUUGGACUUUGUUUCUCGUUGGAAUUGGCGAGAAGAUGCCCUAAUUUUGGACCUUAGUGGCGAUUCGGAGGAUCCGGAUGCGACAACAGGUUCUUAUAUUGACAAGUUGUCAGGCAAGCUUACGGUUCAAGAGUAUCAAGGCAUUCUUGAGAACUUCAAAAAGUUGAGGAAGGAGGAUCCUAGUGGAACCAAUAUCCAAUUCUUUGUGGCCAGUAAGCAGGAUCCAUCUGGUAAACUUUGGUCCUGCAACAAUUUAGGUUUACCUAUUGCGUCCAGGUUAACAGCCUUAUCAAAGGCUGCAAUUGGUCUUUUCACGAAGAGUGUGCAAUUCGACAGCAGUUUAAUUAUGUUGGUAUUUACAUCUGCCCUCAAGGACUAUGACUUUGUCAUCAAGGUGAAGGCUCCAAUGAAUCUAAGGGCAAAGUCAGGUGUUCUACCAAUACAGAAAUUCAAGAACUUGAUCCGGCCGUUAACGCAAUUUCCUGGUGAUCCAUCGCAGUAUGGAGAUCCAUUACAAUCCUAUUUUGCUGAACUGAAGGCUAGAUACAGUAAUGUGGCUAUACUUUCAUGUCACAGGUAUACAGGUUUGUACGAUACAAAGGAAGGAUGCAGCAAUGUGAUUACGGGAAUAUUCAACCCUGCUGUGGCUCGUGGAGAAAAGAAGUUUAGAGCCAAUAUUGGAUUCAACAUUAAACCUACAGAAGAUGAGCAUGUCGAAUGCAACCGAGAGUCCAUAUUGAAUCAGAUGGUUUGCCUUGGAGGAGAUUUGGUCGUUUCAUUUGAGAAGUAUCACUGA